AUGAAAGGUCGCUGGCGUUACACUCGGCUGCCCAGCCAGGUGGAUGACGCUCUAUCUGCGGAGGAGGGUGAGGAGGAGGAAGAGGAGACAGCCCCAGCCCCGGCCCCCGUCUCAGCUCCUGCUCCGGAAGAUCCCGUGGGGCCCCAACUGGCAGAAGCCAGCCAGGUUCUAGGAGCCUCGGAGAUUAGGCAGCUCAGCCUCCACCUCCCCCCACGAGUCACCGGACAUCCCUGGAGCCUGGCCUUCUGCACGUCGAGAGAUGGCUUCAGCCUGCGGAGCUUGUACAGGCAGAUGGAAGGCCACAGUGGGCCGGUGCUGCUGGUGCUGAGGGACCAGGAUGGGCAGAUGUUUGGAGCCUUCUCUUCCUCGGCCAUUCGACUCAGCAAAAGCUUCUAUGGUACCGGAGAGACAUUCCUCUUCUCCUUCUCCCCACAGCUAAAGGUCUUCAAGUGGACAGGAAGCAACUCUUUUUUUGUGAAAGGAGACUUGGAUUCACUGAUGAUGGGCAGCGGCAGUGGCCAGUUUGGGCUGUGGUUGGAUGGAGACUUGUACCAUGGGGGAAGCCACCCUUGUGCAACCUUCAAUAAUGAGGUGCUGGCCCGGCAAGAGCAGUUCUGCAUCAAGGAGCUGGAGGCCUGGGUCCUGAGCUGA